GCCCACGGGCCAGCAUCGCGAGAUCUGGCAGGUCUCGCGAGAUAAGCCGGGCGGCGGAAGUGGCCGGGGCGACGGGCCUGAGGUUUAGGAGUGAAGGAAGUGGCACUGGGUGACUGGCAGCAUCCUGGGAGGCUAUUCUCUGCAAACAGGGAUUCCAGGAAGGGGACAGCAGGCACAGUUGGAGGUGGGUCUACUGCAUCCAGUAAGCUGACCCUCCCCACUCCUGUCCACUCUUUGGCUCCCAAAGUAUUGGCAGCCAGGUCUAUAUGCUCCACGCAGGAGACUGGAAGACUCUUCCCAGGGAGCAUGACCAACCCAAGAGGAAAGACCUAGGGAUAUGGAUGGAGGUUCCCCAAAUAAUAGCCUACCCAGAAUCAAGCUCAAAUUUGAUGAGCCCCACUCACAAACAGCCAUCUGGUCUACCAUUCCUCAUCACCAGCAGACAGACAAACAUAACCUGACAUCUCAGAGAGCUUCUUCCUGGAAGACAGAGCCAAAAGAAACAGGAAGAAGAACCCAGAGCACAGCAACAGAGCAGAAGCCUAGCACUUCACGCCUCCAGACCAGCGAGGACAAUCUCCCUGGAAGAUGAAGCAAGAAGACACCCUCCCCUUUCUAAAAAGAAGCAUUUGUACGAGAAGAAAGGGCUCCUGGAAAACGAAAGCCUCAAUGGAAGAAAUCACACAGAAAGUGUCACCGGGUUGACGUGCGUUAUAACAAAAUAGCUCUAACCAAGGAGGUCAACGGAAGACCCGGACCAGCAAUCUUGGUUCCGCGAUACGGGCCUCUCACUGUCGCGGCAUCUCCCGUUGCAGAGCACAGACUCCAGACGCGCAGGCUCAGCGGCCAUGGCUCACGGGCCCAGCCACUCAGCGACAUGUGGAAUCUUCGCGGACCGGGGCACGAACCCACGAACCCGUGUCCCCAGCAUCGGCAGGCGGACUCUCAACCACUGCGCCACCAGGGAAGCCCCCAGGCUUAAGGGUGCUUUUAAGGAGCAUUUUGCAGGGAGGCGGGGGCGAGUGACAGGGGAUCAUUAUUUGAUCGACAGUCCCAAGCUAUGUAACAAGUUUACUGCUGCGCAUUCUCUCAAUCGCUAAGAAACGCCCACGGGGGCGGGGGGCAAAACCAUACAUGGAUUUUAUUAUAAUGAUGGUAUAAUGAGUUUGGGUUUACUAUAGGUUAUACACCUGUCUGGUCUGGGCAUGCGCAGCCCAGGGAAGUUCCCUUGUGUUACUGUGCCCCUCUUUAACAGGAUAAGCUGCCCACAAUAUGACCAUAGUUUCAACUGUUCUGGGUGGGGUCAGGGGAGAGUCCCCAGAUGGUUGGGUGUGACUCGAUUGCUUCUUCUCGUCUUUCUCGCCACUGUCACCUCCUUGCUGCUAAUGUCUGACUAACUACCUAACAAAAGGAGAGCAGAAAUGUAAAGGUGGGAAACAGGAGAGAACAUACGUGAGCAUUCAAGGGCCAGGCUCAAAGUCUGACAGCCUGAAUUAAGGACUUUAGGAAGAGGUAAGAGUAAAGCCUCAAGAGUUUGCUUAGGGAUGAGUCAUCAGUAGAAACAACUGAUUAGUGAAAUAAUCAGUGACAUCAUUUGCCAGGAUUGAAGGAUGGGAGUUUCCAGACUGAGGGCCCUUGAGUGCCCAACACAGUAACAACCGAGGGACAGGGAAGCACCACGUUGUGAAACUUCAGGAGAAGAUCUUAAAAACUUCCAGGGAGGAAAAUGUCCCCACUGCUUGUAAAGGAUUAGAAAUUAGAAUAGCUGUGGACUUCUUCACAACACUCCUAGGAGGGAAGAGAAAGGGAGCAAUGCCUUCAGAGUUUGAAGGAAGGAGAUUCUGACCUAGAAUUCUAUGUCCAGGCAAACUACAAAUGAAGUAUGAGGGCAAAAUGAAGACAUUUUCAGCUUUGCAAUAUCUUUAAAAAAAUGAUCUCCCAGACACCUCUUUUCAGCUUCACCAAAACAGGAAAGUGAAUCCAAGAACAAGAAUAUAUGGCUGAGGAGGGCAACACAGGGAGCGAGAAGGGCUCCUCCUGGAGAAGGAGGAACACCCCAAACAGAAAGACUACCUACCCAGCCUGGGAGCUAGCUCCUCUCCCUGACUACCCUCACCCCACAGGGAACAGGUGGCCACGGAAAGUCCACGGAGGCACGGGUGCGCCGUGGUUUGGAGCAGCGGUACCCAAGUGUGGCUGAGAAGGAAUGAUGUGCCCUAACUGGGUUUACAGGGAAGCCUGAGGACCCUUUUAGCAGAAGGCAGGAGCUUUCUAAUCCCUGCAAGGCAGUAGGGGAGACCUGCGGGAACUAGAGGAAUUCUCCAGAAAUGCCGCAGGCUUGAAUAUGUCUUCCUCUCCUGGGGCCGGAGGGGGAGGGGGGACGUAAGACUUGUUUCUCCAUUUACCGUUUAUCUUGAACUUUGUACUUUAUGUGUGCUGCAUCCUGUGUUUGUAGAGUUGUGACUGUGUAUAUACACACACACAACACACAAAAGUGUCGUCGCCUGGAGGCUUUCUCCCCGUCCCGCCCUGACAUCUCAGCACCCACCGUCCACGCGCUCCACCGGGUCGGGAGGUGACGGCGCUCGCCUCCGCGUCUGAAGCUAGGAGGCUCCUCCUCCGCCUUCUGGUCGCCGUCCCCACGUCUUCUUAGGAAGGGGACACAACCCGACUGGCCAGCCGGCCGCCCCGAUUCUCCCUCGGUGGGGACGCUUGCCCACACCGGCCGGUACCGGGGAAUACUCACGGACCCUUCUGCACUCGCCCUCGCCCUCCCCGGCGGCCUUCCGCUACCAUCCUAGGGCGUGGGCCAGACCCAUAGGGGCUGCCCCAGGCCCAAACCAGAGGGGCGCGCGGAGCCAAGGGGGGCCGACGCGGGGGGACAGCCUUGCCCCACGCCCCUUGCUCCACCUCCAGUCCCGCCUUCCGCCCCGCCCCGGGCCCCCUUCCUCUUCUGGCCCCACCCCGCGCCCCCAUCCACUUCCGGCCCCGCCCCAAGUGCCCGGCCCCGCCCCGUGUCCCCGCCCCGCGCCCUGAGCCCCUGUCCACCUCUGGCCCCGCCUUCUGCCCCGCCCCGCGCCCCGAGCCCCCUUCAAACUCCGGCCCCGCCCCGCGUCCGGGGCCAACUUCGCGUCUCUUCCCGGCUCUCCGAGCCUCCGAGCGGCGGGGACGCGCGGGAACUGCCCGGGACGGCGCGAUGCAGUCGAGUGACCGUCAGGCGGAGGCCUCUGGCCGCGGCCCGCGGGUGCUGGUGGUGGGCGGUGGCAUCGCGGGGCUGGGCGCGGCGCAGAGGCUCUGCUGCCACCCGGCCUUUCCGCACCUGCGGGUUCUGGAGGCCACGGCCCGCGCCGGUGGCCGCAUCCGCUCGGAGCGCAGCUUCGGUGGUGUGGUGGAGGUGGGCGCUCACUGGAUCCAUGGGCCCUCGCAGGGCAACCCCGUCUUCCAGCUGGCUGCCAAGUACGGGCUUCUGGGGGAGAAGGCAUUGUCGGAGGAGAACCAGCUGAUCGAGACCGGGGGUCACGUGGGCCUGCCCUCUGUGUCCUAUGCCAGCUCCGGGGGAAGUGUGAGCCCUGAGCUGGUGGCCGAGAUGGCCAGACUGUUCUACAGUCUCAUAGACCAGACCAGGGAGUUCCUGCAUGCGGCUGAGACCCCCGCCCCCAGUGUCGGGGAGUACCUCAAGAAGGAGAUCCGCCAGCACAUGGCCAGCUGGACAGAGGAGGAGGAGACCAAGAGGCUCAAGCUGGCCAUCCUGAACAACUUGUUCAACGUGGAGUGCUGUGUGAGCGGUACCCACAGCAUGGACCUGGUGGCCCUCGCACCUUUCGGGGAGUACACUGUGCUGCCAGGGUUGGACUGCACCUUUCCUGGAGGCUACCAAGGACUCACAGACCGCAUCAUGGCCUCCCUGCCCAAGGACGUGAUGGUUUUUAACAAGCCAGUGAAGACCAUUCACUGGGAUGGGUGCUUCGAGGAAGCUUCUGCUCCUGGGGAGACGUUUCCGGUGCUGGUGGAAUGUGAGGAUGGAGGCUGCUUCCCAGCGCAUCACGUGGUCGUCACCGUGCCGUUAGGUUUUCUUAAAGAACGUCUGGACACCUUCUUUGAGCCACCGCUGCCCACCGAGAAGGCGGAAGCGAUCAGGAAAAUAGGCUUUGGGACCAACAAUAAAAUCUUCCUGGAGUUUGAGGAGUCUUUCUGGCAGCCAGACUGCCAGCACAUCCAGGUGGUGUGGAGGGACACGUCGGCCCUGGAGGACGCCGCCCCCAAGUUGCAGGAUGCCUGGUUCAAGAAGCUUGUUGGCUUUUGGGUCCUGCCUUCCUUCGGCAGGGCCAGCCAGGUGCUCUGCGGCUUCAUCGCAGGGCUCGAGUCUGAGUUCAUGGAAACGCUAUCGGACGAGGACGUGCUCCUGUCUCUGACACAGGUGCUCCGCAGGGUGACAGGGAAUCCCCGGCUCCCCGCGCCCAGGAGUGUGCUGAGGUCCCGCUGGCACAGUGCCCCAUACACCCGGGGCUCCUACAGCUAUGUGGCCGUGGGCAGCUCCGGGGACGACCUGGACCUGCUAGCCCAGCCUCUCCCUGCGGACGGCAGGGGUGCCCAGCUCCAGGUCCUGUUUGCAGGGGAAGCCACACACCGGACGUUUUACUCCACCACGCACGGAGCUCUGCUGUCCGGCUGGAGGGAGGCUGACCGGCUCAUCGCUCUGUGGGAUUCGCAGGCACAGCGGCCUGAGCCCGGCUCUGAGCUCGGCUCUGCUCCCCCAGUUCCCGGGUCCCGGGGAGGCUGGCCCCACCCUUUCCUUUGAUGGACAAGGUUCAGUCGGGCUUGGGAUUUGGGAUGUUAAUGUCACUGGGGUCAGCUCCCUCCUUUCCCAAGUCGCUGGAGUCCGGCCAGGGCCGAACUUGAGCUGAGCGCGAAGUCUUCCUGGAGAAGGGAGGGGUGGGAUGCUGCUGCUGAUGCGGUUGGAAGAACAUAAACUGUGUAAAAGUGUC